AUGGAAUUGAGCUUUGCUGCAUCAAAAUCCAAGGCAAUACGAGUGCGUACCAAGAAUUUUCUUAUCUCAAUCCACUCUAACUUCGGGAUCAAAAAGGAUGUUAUCAUCAAUACUCUAAAAAUCCAUCUCGGCACUGACUCACUUGCGGGUGCGAGUUUGCCUGCAUUCCCAUUUGGUAUUGGUGAGGAGAGGUGGCCGAAGAACCCUGUAGAUCAGAAGCCCUAUAUGCGCCUCAACUGGGAUGCAGCUUACAACAAAUGGCUGAAUGCAGGAGCCCUUGACAGAAUUUUCGACUUGUUGCAUGUGACUGGCGCAAAACAAUGCCCUGCCGCCGAUGAAGACCUGGAGAACAUCUGUGACAACGAUCUGAAAGAACGCAUCAAGGACAAGUUUGUCAGCAUGGCUCGGGAAUUCAAAAGCAAGCGCAAGGCACAGGCUGACUUACAGGUGAGAAUCCAAGAACUUGAGGACAGGCGUGCAGCAGCCGAAGAGAAUCUCGAUGAAGAAUUUGCUGAUGAGUCUACAGCAAAAUUGAAAGUGAGGGUGCGGAAACGAGCGAAAAGUGGCUUUGCUGAUCCGAAAUAUGACGCUGCAUUUAUCGUUAAUGCAAUGUCGGAUGAUGAGGAGAUGCAAACCAGAGAUGGAGAAGCGAAAAAAUAUAUCAGUCGUGCGCCUGAUUGGAGAAGCGACAAGCUCACCAAACUAUACAGCGAGAUAGAUGCUAUUCCUGAUCCCAACCCAGACGCAGCUGCAAAGAGCCUUCCACCAAAGGCAAAGCCCGAGCUCCUUGAUGCGAAUGAGGACUGGAUGAUAUCAGGUAGGGUGGGGCCUAAUGGAAAGGCAUGGGGUGAUGAUGAGGAUCCCAUUGACGAUGCAAAGGGAAAGUCGAGGAAAGUCGAGGCCAAUGUGCUCUCCGAAGAAAAGGUGUUCAAAAAGAGUCGGAACAUGAAGGGAAAACAGGUUGUGCUGAAGGAGAAGCUCGAUAACGUGCUUGGAGGUUGCGAUGCAGAUGAACUGUUCAAUGAGUGA